AUGAAUCCAGGCGAGAGCCGUGCUAUUCACCCGGAGGGCGAGCUCUUUCUCGGGAACCCCUCUCACCAUCAGAACAGCAGCUUUCAACCAGAGACCUCCACCGGCCGGCCGGUAGGAUCAAACCACAUGGUUGAACCGUUGCGCAUCAACAAACGGGAUUCGGCCAGUCCGCAUUCCGCCACAAGUCCACCCAACAUCCCAUUGCCAUAUCCCGACGAUCGUGCGCGGCCCGGACAGCUGCGCUCGUCAAGCUCACACGAGAUUCAUCCGGCGGAUGCUUUGCGAUACAACUCGCCGCCUCCCGCCAGCACGGGAUCCGCCUCGGGGUCAGGAAGCCCCGCAGAUUACCCAUCCGCACUGCGUCCCCGAGAUGGUCGCGAGCCGCGGGUCGCAACGCUGGCAGAGCGUCGCGGUGCUGCACCCAAACCGCUCCCUGAAUCUCCAGGACCUGAUGCGCCCGAUGCGGCGGCCCUGGCAGCGCGGACCUAUCCUCGUCCGCCCACAAACCCGGCCCUCGGUGACACGAGCGAGUCGCAGUAUGAUCAUCGUCAGCAGUACUUUCCACCGCCGGUGAGCAGUGCGUCCCGGCCAGCUCGGUCUGGGUCAAGUCUUGCGGCACCGUCCUCAUCCGGGAUCAAUCGUAUCAGCUCCACGGCCUCGACCUCGACGACCCGUGCGCAGCGUGGAUCGCCUCCGCCGCCGGAAACACCCGUCGUGGGUCCGGGCCAACAGCCAGGCUCCGAUAUCGAGGCUCGCUAUGCGGCUGCCGGGAUUGCAGGCACAGGUACCCUUGCGGGAAUGCAGUCACAAAGCUCGGCAGCGCAAAGGCGAGCGGAACAGUAUUGGGGGCAGCAGCCAACGUUUGGUCAACAGGAGUCACAGAGGCCGUGGACACCGACGGAGCUGCCGGGCACUCAGCCUCAUGGUCCUCCAACGGUGUAUCAAGGUGCAGAGGUGGUGACUGGAGUGCAAUCGCAACAUCCGGCACAAUACGCCAGUCCGGGGGGCCAGCAGCAUCCUGGUCAAUAUGGCAGCCCGCCGCCGCAGCAUCCUGCUCAGUAUGCUAGUCCUGCUGCGCAACAACAUCCCGGCCAGUACGGGAGCCCCCCGCCGCAGCAUCCAACCCAAUCUGGGACUCCUCAGCCGCAGCAUCCUAGCCAGUACGGGAGCCCUCAACCCCAGCAUGCUGCUCAAUAUGGUAUCCCUGCAUCUCAAUCGCAGCAGGCUCAAUCUGUAUCGUCAGGGCAGUCUGGGAGAAUUCCUUCUAAUGCCCUGGAAAGUGACAUGGAUCGAAUGAGAAUCAGUGACGAGCCUCCCCCCGCCUAUUCUAGUGUAUCGGGACCAAAUGGCGUCAAUGGGUAUCGGAAUGACAAACCAGGAUCCGCCGCGGCCGCUGCUGCUGCUGCUGCUGCUGCUGCGACUUCCAUGGCUGGACAUCCUGCUAUGGCGUCCGCUCCAUCUCCUGCGCCGACGGCUUCGACGGAAGGGCAUCCAGCUUUUGCGAACGACCCUCGACAACAGUCGAAUGCCGGACAAUCACCUCACAGCGCAGGCGCAAAUGGCUAUCCCCAGUUUCCUCAGCAGCAGCAGAUGCAAAACCACCCUCAGCAACUCCAACACCAACAACAACAACAACAGCAGCAGCAGCAGCAGCAGCCACAACAGCAACAGCAACAACAACAGCAACAACAGCAGCAACAGCAACAACAACACCACUACCCGGCUCAAGUUACCUCGCCAGGGCCAUCAGGGCCGCCUCCUGCAUCACCACCUCCCCUGCCAGAAGGAUGGAUCGCGCAUUUGGACCCAAACUCCGGGCAAUACUACUAUAUUCACCUGCCGACUCAGUCCACGCAGUGGGAGUUCCCCAAGGGUCCAACGCCGCUGAAUUUGAAUGAGACACCUCUUUCUCCAGUCGGGAGUGUGUAUAGUAGCCACCCGUUGGCAUCUCCAGGCCUGUCGGCCUUUGGAAAACCACUAGCUUCCCCCGGUGUUCCUCUGACGCCUGGCUUUGAAAGUCUCCAAUCUCCCUUGGCAGGCUUCUCAGGUCCCCCACCCAGCAGUGGUAUGGAUCUGUACAAGACUGCUCCAACGAAUGGCGUGUACUUUGGUCCUUACCUGAGAUACACUAACAUGGAUCUUGAGCGUGGUCUUUGGCUUGGAUCCAUUCUCCUCGUGACGGAUGCUGCUCAGCCGCCAACCAUUCAUCUCCAUCAGAGUGUGGAUCUCUCGCCCAACCCGCGUCAACUCAAGCCUAUCAAUAUCGCUGCGCAUCAACGGUGGACCUUCUACAAGUAUGAGAUUGAUCUGCAGAUGGACGAUGCUGGCCCUGCAAAGUGGACCUACGCUAUCACCUCCCACCUUGGCUGCACGCGAUAUGAAUUCUUAGUCGCCGGUCGCCACGAGACCAAUUGGCGGUUCAUUGCCACAUCGGGUAACGACUUCUCGCUGAAUGUCAACGCAAAUGAGCGUGCUCGCCUUGGCGGUGUAAGCUUUAUGUGGAAGGACAUUAUGCAAAAGCAUAACGAGAUUGGCGGCUUCCACACACAGCUUUGUCUCGGGGGCCAGAUCUAUGCAGAUCGCAUGUGGAAAGAGAUUCCCUGUCUCAAGCAAUGGCUUGCCAUUAGUGGGAAAGAGGCGAGAAAGAAUGCUCCAUGGACAGCGGCUAAUCAGCAGGAUGUCUCGCACGCAUACUUUCAUUAUUACACCAGUCAUUUCGAUCAGCCGCAUUUGCGGGAGAGCUUCGCCCAAAUUCCGUAUAUUUGUCAGAUUGACGAUCAUGAUAUCUUUGAUGGCUUCGGCUCGUAUCCUGAGCAUAUGCAAUUCUCAAAUAUGUUCAAAAAUAUUGGCCGGAUCGGCAUCGAAAUGUAUCUGCUUUUCCAGCAUCACACGACACUCGACAUAUUGCGCAAUGUCAACAACGACACCGAUCUCUUCACUAUCACGGGCACCGGCUGGCACUUUGUGAAAUACCUCGGACCGGGGGUCGUCGUCGUCGGACCCGACUGUCGUUCUGAGCGCAAUCCCCACCAAGUCAUGGCCGGACCGACGUAUCAGGGUCUGUUCCCGAAAGUGGCGAUGCUACCCCCAAGUGUGCAACACUGUCUGUGGAUGAUAUCCAUGCCUCUGGUUUAUCCACGCUUGGAGACGGCAGAGCACAUUGCGCAGACUGUUGCGACUGGCAAGCGGGCCGUGACUGGCGCGUACAACGUAUUGGGUAAAGUGACCAGCUCCGUGGCUGGAGUGGUCGGGGCCAAGGAGUUUGUUGGAUCCGGAUUCGACUCUGUGAAGCGUGCUGUCGGUAAAUCUGGGUUGAUGGGAGGUAUAUUGAGUCCGUUUGGCGAGUUCGACCUUAUGGAUGAGCUGCGCGACCAGUGGACUCAUGAGUCUAAGGAUCUGGAACGAACAUAUCUCAUCCGCACACUCCAAGGCAUUGCCCAUCAAAAAUCCAUACGCAUGACCUUCCUCUCCGGUGCCGUCAACGUCUGUGGUGCAGGCCUCGUCCACGAUCCAUCACAUCCAUCCGAUCACAAGACCAUGUAUCAGCUCAUCGCCUCACCUGUAGUCAACACCCCUCCCCCAUCAUACAUUGUCAAGCUUCUCCACGGCAGCUCCAAGCCUCUCUACAUACCUGCCAACGGUCAUCGCUCCUCAAAUCAGCCUACCGACACUAAGGAGGAUAUGAUGGAGAUUUUCCAAACCGACGUCAGCGGACAGCCGCGCGAACACAAGAAGUUGAUGGCUCGUCGAAACUACGUUGCCAUCGUGGCGUACGAUCCGGAUGUGGUGUCUACUCCCGCCUUUGGAAUGCAGCACCAAGCGUUCAGUGCGCAAAAGGCCAAAUUGAGCUUGGCGGCAGAUUUCAUGGUCCAGGGUGAUGGGGCGUAUGCCAGCGUCGUCAAGUUCGGACCCGUGGUCGUACCGUGUCUGGAAGAGGGGAAAUAG